UUAUACGUCGUCCUGGGAACAGUCUCGAAGGGAAAUACGUUUUAUUGUAAUUUACGCCUCACACUUUCAUUAGUCGGAUCCUUUUGUGAUAUUUGGGUAACCAUAAUUCGUUUCCAAAUGACGCGGUAUGUAAGCAGUUGUUUCAUUACUCUGCUCGUUCUGUUCCUUUGGCGGGUCGAAGACAUCGCAGAGGCUUGCAAAUGCUCCCCUCCGCAUCCCCAACAGGCUUUUUGCGAUGCAGAUAUAGUGAUCAGGGCGAAGGUGGUUGGCAAGAAAGCUUUGUCUAACGAGAUCAAGUAUGACAUCCAACAGAUCAAGAUGUUCAAAUGUCCUAACCAGGUUAUCCACGCCAUCUACACUGCAUCCUCCCCAGCCGCAUGCGGUGUGACUCUGGAAAUCAACAAGGAGUAUCUCUUCACAGGCAAGCUGGAGACUGGAAGGAUGCAUGUAACACUGUGUGGCUAUAAUCCGCCCUGGGAGGACGUGAGUGCUGCACAAAAGAACGGCUUGACUCGCCUCUACAAAAGUGGCUGCGAUUGCAAGAUCAUCCACUGCAAUUCCCUCCCCUGUCCAAUCAGCACCACAGAUGCAUGCCUGUGGAUGGACUGGGGGACUAACAAUGGCCAAAACCUUGCCUGUAUCAAGAGUAAUGGGUCUUGUGCUUGGAAGUAGUUCCUAGAUAUUGAAGACUCCUAUACUCUACAGGCCAUCUGCUCAGUGACUCUAGAUGAAAAAGCUGCAAAUGUGUAGAUUUAAAUGAACCAACACAUCUUACUGGUCACUUAUUGUAAAAUAAACAAAUCACACAUAGCACUGUGUUAAUUUCUUCUG